CGGUUCUACGAAAACAAACUUUUGUUUUGCAUUUUUCAAAAUUAAUUGAAGCAUGCCGUCCAAGAAGAAAGAUUCGGCCAAGAGCUCCAAAAAGGGGGCCCAAGAGAAAGCCCCCAGUACCGAUCCGGCACUGGCCACCUCCACUGCAUCAGCAUCGGAGACGUCACCAGUGAAGCAGUCGAAGGGCUCUAAGAAGGGCAAGGGCACGAAGAAGUAGUGGUGUUCAAAUCAAAAUUAAUCAAGAUCUUCUGUGGGAGAAAAAGUCCCAGAAGAUAUUAUUGAAGACUCAUUAGAAUUACACAAAAGAUGCAAUAAAAACCGAUAUCCAACCGAUUCGCUCUCUUA